AGGUUGUCUUUGUAUUUAGAGCUUUCAAUAUGUCCUAUAAAAAGAAUUGGUCAGAAAACCACAGUUGGUCUGACAAACAAGAACUUGAUUUAAUGAAAAAGCACUACAUGUUCGCACCAAGUUAUCUACAUUAUGACUACCUCUUCAAGAUAUUACUGAUAGGAGAUAGCGGAACGGGGAAGAGCUCGCUUCUUAUUCGUUUCUGUGAUGAUUAUUUCUCCAACACAUUCAUCAGUACGAUCGGCGUGGAUUUUAAAAUAAAAACUUUGGAAUUGGAUGGCAAGCUGAUAAAAUUACAAGUUUGGGACAGUGCGGGUCAAGAACGAUUCCGUACGCUAACUACGUCUUACUACCGAGGAGCUCAUGGUAUAAUAAUUGUGUAUGAUAUAAGCGAUCGAGCAAGCUUUGUCAAUGUCAGCAUGUGGCUGUCAGAAAUUGACAAAUACGCGAGUGACAACGUGCACAAAGUAUUGGUGGGGAAUAAAUCGGAUAAAGAGACUGAGAGAGAAGUUGAUUUUAAUUCAGCAAAAAUAAUGGCGGACAAGCUGGGGAUAGAUUUAAUCGAGUCAAGCGCCAAAAAUAACGACAAUGUCGAAGAAAUAUUCAAUGGACUUGUAAAAGAAUUAAAAACACAGUUGGGUGACAUUGAUGAAAAAUGCACGAGUCAGCUAAAAGGAGCCACGACACUUUGUGAAGGGAUUAAUGUCAUGGAAGAAAGAAUGUCAUGUUGUUGGUGAUGACGUCAUCAUGUCAUGAAAAGAAAAUGUCUAGUAUGUUGGAGAUGACAUCAUCGUGUCAUGAAAAGAAAAUGUCUACCGUUAGUGAAGACGUCAUCGUGUCAUGAAAGAGCGCUAGUAUGUUGGUGAUGACGUCAUCAUGCCACAAAAAUAAAAUGGCUAUUAUUGGUGAUGACGUUAUCGUGUCAUAAAAAGCGCUAGCAUGUUUGAGCAGGAGAGGCAAUGACGUCAUAAUCGGCGCAUGUUUAGAUCAUAGCAUUACAGAGGGUUAAAAUUAACAUGACCAAGAGAACCUUGCCCUCAUCGCCAACAGAUGUUGACGCAUUUUGAGAAAACCACAAAACAUUUCUUGUUAUUUAAUGAUUUAGAUUAUUCGCGAUAUUUUCAGUAUCACAUUUUUGUAAUUUUUUACAACUCUAGAGCUAUUGUAAAUAUUUUUUCUUUACGUUAAUUUUAACAUGGGGCUUGAUGAUAUGACAAAAUAUGUCUUCUACUUGCUUCAGUCAUUAUUUGAUUGUAAACGCGAACAAACAUGUACAAAGAAAAAAAAAUAUUCUGACGAAAUAUAUACAUACAUAAAAAAUGAAAGAGAAAAUGUCAUGUGCUUAUGAUGACGUCAUAAUGUUGUGAUAUCGAAUCUGUUACCGCGGUGAUACCAAAGAAAUACUGACACGGUGUCUUUAGUGACGUCAUGGACAAAAGUAUUUCACGCUGUUGAAUAUUGAUGUCGUAAUCACAAUGCCACAGUGAAGAAAUAAUCGCGAUGUCUCUAGUGAUGAUACCAUACAGGAGAGGCGGGUGACGUCAUAAUAGGCGCAUGUUUUGAUCAUAGCAAUACAGGGGGUUAAAAUUAACGUUACCAAGAGAACCUUGACCUCAUCGCCAACAGAAUACCCACAUGCAAAAAAAAACAUGUCUGAAAAUUCGAAUAACCAAAUGAGAAAUUUGAGGUGGAAGGAGGAAUAAUUUGUGUGAUUUAUGUCAUAUCAAGCCAAUAUUUUUAAGUAUUUUAAAGUUGACGUUGACUAUCCACAUUAUAGUUGUAUCUAAAUUUAGAAACAUGCUAAAAAGUAAGGA